UUUCUCUGAUUUGGGGAAAACUCCAAUCCAUGCUACUCGGAAGAGGGGUCCGCUUCCUCUUUAGUCGGCUUCUUGGGAGGGAUCUUCCCCUUUUUCUUUUUUGCAUUGUCGGUUCAGUAGUAGGUUCCAGCUUGCACAUGAUGGAUCCAGCAGGAUGGGAGGGUGGAAGCUCUUCGCGCGCACCACAGUCCGAGCCCAAUGUGAACCGCGCGCCAGACCCCACCGCCCCUGCGGAGCCUGAGCCUGUUGCCCCGGAACCUGACGUUUAUCAUCCUCUACUGGAUGACAACACUCGUCGCGCCGAACUAGAUGAGCGCGCGGGGUUUCAUUUUGUGGGGUUAUCUGAGAAACAUAGAAAUGAGGUUCUCGACCAUCAAGUGAAAAUAGAAAGGGCUAUUGAGAAGGCUCUGCUCUCCGACGGGUAUUCCCGGGAUGAACUAAGUCAACUUGGCAAACGCAACGAAAUUAGAGGCUUCUUGUUCUACCCGAAGGGGAAACUUCUUUCUUUAAGCGGAUACAAAAAAGGUACAGAAGAAGUGUCGUUUGGGACCCACCGUAGCAAGCCUUACAGAGAUCUUCUAUCUGCCAUCUCUUCUUCCAGGCUGUUUUUAACUAGAGUCAAACCUAUUAAAAAGUGGGAGUUGAAAAGAAUAUUCUAAGGCUCGGACAAAUGAGCCCGGCAGCAUAAUUAUUGAAUUUUAGUAUAGUACGUACAACCAAUGCAACUGAAUGCAGGCUAGAGCAGCAAGAGCGCAAAUCCAGUAUCACGGGAUAUUGCUAUCCAAUGACACUAGAUUUGGUCAAAAUAGGGGCACUACCCGCUCCCAAUGCAUACAUACCACCAAAGUGCAGCAAAAUCAGCUGCCCCUCAUUCACUACACACGGAGCGAAACCCACGCAUACAAAUACGCACUGCAGUGACAACUGCCUUCAAAAGGUCCAGCUGCCACUACGCGGAGCUCUAGUAUAUGAGUGAAGUUUUAACAUAUACCAGAGACCUGGUCUAUUUAGCUCUAGUAACU